AUGGCUAACAACGGCCUAAACAAAACCAAGGUUGUGGUGGUCAUGGUACCCUUUCCAGCACAAGGCCAUCUGAACCAGCUCCUCCACCUCUCACGUCUUAUCAUAGCCUACAAUAUUCCAGUUCACUUUGCUUGCACUGCCACACACAACCGCCAAGCCAUGCUUCGAGUCCAUGGUUGGGACCCAAAUUCAGUUUCAAACAUCCAUUUCCAUGACCUCAAAAUCCCACAUUUUCUCACCCCACCACCCAAUCCCAGUUCACCAAACAAGUUCCCUUCACAUCUCCAACCAUUGUUCAAUGCUUCCUUGCAUCUUCGUGACCCCAUGGCUUCACUUUUACGUGAACUUUCAUCAAAAGCAACAAGAAUCAUUGUCAUCAAUGAUUCCAUGAUGGCCUCAGUGGUACAAGACUUGGUUACUAUUCCAAACGCCGAGUCAUACACUUUCCAUAGUGUAUCUGCUUUAACUUAUUUUUUGUAUUUGUGGGAAGCAAUGGGCAAACCUUUAGAAUUAGAAACAAACGCCAAGUUAGUCCCAAAAGGCCUUCCAUCCACUGAAGGUUGUUUCACAAAAGACUUCAUAAACUUUAUUUCUUUACAAAUAGAGUUCCAAAAGUUAAGCUCUGGUGUCCUUUACAACACAUGCAGGGUCAUAGAAGGUACCUAUAUGGACUUGAUGGAAACGCUAGAGGGAGGCAAGAAGCAUUGGGCUAUUGGACCAUUCAAUCCAGUGAGAAACAUAGGUUCAAAUGGAAGGCACAAGUGCUUGGAGUGGCUGGACAAAGAGGCACCAAAUUCAGUGAUAUAUGUGUCUUUUGGGACAACAACUGCUAUGGAAGACAAGCAAAUAAAGGAGCUAGCAAUUGGGUUGGAAAAAAGUGGGGAAAAGUUCAUCUGGGUAUUAAGGGAUGCUGAUAAAGGUGAUAUUUUUAUUAAUGGAGAGCUCAGAAAAGCUGAAAUUCUGAAAGGGUUUGAAGAGAGAGUUAAAGAUAGAGGAAUGGUAGUGACAGAUUGGGCACCACAAUUGGAAAUUCUAAGUCACCCAUCAACUGGUGGAUUUAUGAGUCACUGUGGGUGGAAUUCUUGCAUGGAAAGUAUCACUAUGGGGGUACCACUAGCAGCAUGGCCAAUGGCCUCAGAUCAGCCGAGAAACACUGUUUUGAUAACAAAAUUGCUCAAAGUUGGUAUUGUUGUGAAGGACUGGUCACGUAGAGAUGAGCUAGUGACAUCAUCCACUAUAGAAAAGGCUGUGAAAUUGUUGAUGGCAUCGAAAGAAGGGGAUGAGAUAAGGAAGAGGACAGUGGUUUUGGGCGGUGCUGUCAGGCAGUCCAUUGAAAAAGGUGGAAUUUCACGCAUGGAGUUGGAUUCUUUCAUUGAUCAUAUUACUAGGAAUAUAUUCUAGCUUGGAGAUUGAAUUAACAGACAAGGAAAACAAAACAAAAAUUGGGAUCUGAAGUUUGUUGUGGCCUGUGGGGAACAGGUUUUAAUGUAAGGAAGCAAGUGUUAACUGGACCUUUAGAGUUAUAAAUGUAGUGAAAGGUAGCAUCUGAGAAAAAAAGAUGGGCUCAUCUUUAUAUUGUCUUUGAUUAAUUAAGUGCAGGAAGCAUUCCUUCAA